UUUAUAUGUGUGUGUGAAACUGGAAAGAAGAUAACUAACACACGGAAACCGGUGUACACACUCCUGCUUGAUCAACAAAAGUAACUGCAGCAUAGUGUAAAAACAUCAGCCAAGAUGUGUUGUGCAGGAUUUCUCAAAAUGAUGAUGUUCAUCUUCAACGGCACCAUCUUUUUAGCAGGUGCUGCCAUUCUGGGAGUUGGCAUUUGGGUGAAGGUGGACAGCAACUCCUUUAUGGGAAUUCUGGACAGUGUGGAGGACCUUCCUUCGGAGGUGUCACAGGUGGCCAGCGUGUCCUACCUGCUCAUUGCCGUUGGUGCUGUUCUGCUGGUCAUUGGCUUCCUGGGCUGCUGUGGCGCCGUCAGGGAGAGCAGGUGCAUGCUGCUGACGUUCUUCAGUAUCGUGUUGAUCAUAUUCCUUGUCGAGGUCGCCGGUGCUGUGGUGUUGCUCGUUUUUAAGGAUUUGGCGGAGCAGGUCUUUGACAGUCUUGAGGACGAAGUCAAGAAAGGCCUCGGUAGCAAGUUCGGAAGUGAUGAGAGCCUGACAACGCUGUGGAACACCACUAUGAUAGGGUUGCAGUGCUGUGGAUACAAAAACUACACCGAUUUUGAUGGCUCCCCCUUUCAAGAAAACCAUGGGGGCUUCUUUUAUCCACCCCAGUGCUGCAAUGGGACGUCCGUCAGCGACAUAUGCAGCCUGCCGUCAGCGGAACUUGCCUCUCACCUCCAGUUGGUGGACGGCUGCUUCCAGAAGCUGCUGCAGCUCAUUGAGGAAAAUGCUGUGAUAAUUGCAGGUGUAGCUCUCGGAAUUGCUGCUCUUGAGAUUGCUGCCAUGGUGGUUUCGAUGAUUCUCUACAAGCAGAUUGGCAACAAAGCAUGAUGAUCACUGUUUAUUUAAUAAAUACACAUGAGGAAUUAGCUUGUCAACUGUUUCCACUGAGUAAAGACUGUUAGCCCCAAACUGACAUAAAAACUGUAAAAAGUGUGUAGUUAAAAUUGGCAGCAAUAGCAGCCAUUGGAACGUGUCUGUCCUUAGGAAUGUCAGUGAUUGACUGAUAGUGAUUUCUUUAUGUUUCAAUACUUGUCAAGAGUUGGCCAUGUACAUGAAGAAUCAUUGAGCCUGACGUUGAAAAAAUGUCACACAUCCUUUCUUGUAUGAUAAUUUUAUUUUUUUAUAUUUAAUCACUUGAAAAGUAAAGGCGAACAUCCAUGUUCGGUUUACACUACAACUCUGGUUUCUUGUCUCUUUUGAUAUAAGUAAUAUUAAUAGUUAAUAUAAUUAUCAUUAUUACAGAAAAUAAUUGAGAAGCACUGCACUAAUGUGGUAAUGGAUAAUGUCAUCAAAAAGCAACUUGUGUGUUUGUCAGAGGUGGGGAGAGUAGCUAAAAAUUGUACUCAAGUAAGAGUAGCGAUACUAAAAAAGUAAAAGUCGUUAUCCCAAAAUGUACUAAAUUACAAGUAAAAAAGUAUCCAGUGAAAAGAACUCAAGUAAUGAGUAAAAUUGUGAGUAACUGCUUAUUUAUUUUUUUCCCAGUGGUUUUUUAUUGUCUUAGAACAAACUUAUCUAUAUGAACUGUUGUUAUAAUGAUACUGUACAAAAACCCAUUACAGAAAUACAAAAAAAAAAAAAAAAAAAAUCAUUGAAUUCCGGCAAGAGGGGGAAAAAGACAGAAAUAAAGCAUUAUUCAUCCAAAGAGCAUGAGUGCCCUCUAGUGGAGAAAAUAGUUCCGAGUUUGAAUAGUGAAUAGUUCCUUCAUACACUACCGUUCAAAAGGUUGGGGUCUUUAUGUACACUACAGUUCAAAAGUUUGGGGUCCAACGGUAGUGUAGUUACUCUUAUGAAAUUAAAAGGAUCAUGUCUCCGGUUUUCCGUGGUCAAUCGGUGCCGAAUAAAAACUGGGAGAGAGGAUAAAAUCUGCGCUUUUGAGUCAUGUUGAGGGCAGUGCUCUUUGCCGAAUAUUUCAUUUCUCACGGUGCUUUAAAGACGUCACGUGAUUGAACAGGCUGGCGCGAUAAUAGAACAGCAAGCUUGCGUCAGAUUGGUGUCAUGGAGUCAUGUGAUUAUUGUUGCGACAUCUCAUUGGUGAAAUUGGUAGAGCUACUCUUGACAUCAUUGGCAAAAAAAAAAAAAAAAAAAAUCUAAUACUUAAAAUAAAUAGGAAAAAUGUAAUGACUCAUGUGUAGCCCAAAGUAGUGGAGUAAGAGUAGUGUUUUUUCACAUGUAACAUGUAAAGUACAUGUAACGCGUUACUACCCACCUCUGGUGUUUGUGUUACUGUAGCAACAAAAGUAACAAAACCUUUAGUAAAUAAACGAUGGGGGUUUUCUCGCACUGCAAUAUUCGUUGUUGGAGCCAUUUUGCCUUUUUUUUGUUUGUUUGUUUCUCGACGCAGUUCGUCUACUGCCUUUUUCAUUAUUUAUUUUUUGGACAAUUAAAUGAUGGUGACCAAUGUCACAACACAAGGUAUCGUCAACAAACUUGACAUUGAAAUAAUUGAUUGAAAAUGCCUAUAAGCACGUUAGAAUGAGCACAGGCAUACACUCCUCGAGUGGCUAGAGGCAUGUCACUGUACCAGUAGUGUAAAUAACAAAACAACACAGCUCCAUUUGUAACGUUCUAAAAUUUGGAAAAUUCACAGUUGCAAUCUUUCACCUGAUAUCAAGCUUCUGAAAAUUUUGUGGCAGUAACAAGACAACCUUAAAUAUUCUUAUCAUUAAUCUUAAUAGCACUGUCAACAGAUUCCAACUAACCCAAAAUGUCCUGUUCAUGAUUGAUGUGUUGUAAUUUUUACCCUGAACACCAUGUAUGAAACAUGGGCGUUGCAAGAGGAGUUCAUUUUAUUGCACUGAUACUUGUCCUGGGUUCAACAUUUAUAACAAACUCCUUCGAUAUGGUUUUAGCAGAUCAUUGCAAAUAAAACUGCUUAUAAGCUUUAUUUUAUUCUUAACUUAUUGUGGCUUCAUAUGUAUUAGAUAUGGUUGAAUCAGGGCAAUACGGAAAUUGAGAUCUUGCCAAAUCAUUUUAAUUGACAAGUCAAUCAAACAACUGGUUUAGGGUAGGGUGCAGUUCGUCUUUUGACCGAAGUCUCCUUGCAUAUGCUCCAGCACCCUACGACUCUGAUAAGGAUUAGCGACAGUGGUGUUAUCAGGAUGAAAAAAAAAAAAAACUACAAUGCUCAAGUAGGUCGAAAUCCAGCAUAGGGCUACUGCACCUUAAAACAUGUUUUGUUUUCUCCUUGAGAUAACUGCUGUUGUGAUUUGGUCAAAACAAAUAAAAGUUGGUUUGAUUUUAUUUGACUUAGAACACAUCCAUAACUGAACAGUAUGGACAUGCAGGUGACAAUGUUUUUUUUAGGUAAGCUAUUGUGGUUCCUCGGUUUUAUUAUUACUAUUAUAGUUAUUCUUUGUUCCGCAGCCACUUUGAGCUCAAUUUGA